GAGAAGAAACCAGAUUUUUACAGAGAUUCAAAAUCGUCUCCAUUUUCCAGAUAUGGAUUGGCAAGGACAGAAAUUGGCGGAGCAGUUAAUGCAGAUCUUGCUUUUGAUCGCCGCCGUUGUGUCCUUCGUUGUUGGUUACGCAACGGCGUCGUUUAGGACGAUGAUGUUGAUCUACGCCGGAGGUGUUGUCCUCACGACUCUGAUCACUAUACCUAAUUGGCCUUGCUUUAAUCGUCAUCCUCUUAAGUGGUUAGAUCCAAGUGAAGCUGAGAAGCAUCCUAAACCCCAAGUUGUUGUUGUUAGCUCGAAGAAGAAAUCGUCUAAAAAGUAGUGUCUUCUUAAUCUUCUCUUCUUUAGUGGCUUGAACUUGAUGAUAUAAAGACAUUGUUCUGGUUCGUGAGCUUUAAUAAAGUCUAAAUGACAUA